GUUACACACGCCUAUAAAACUGAUAAUUUCUUACGUUUAACGUCUAUCCAAAUAUCAAUCAAAAGUUCGUGUCAGUACUGUCAAUAGAUUCGUAGAUCGAACAACACUCACUGUAAUGUGUGGCUCAAUAUUUCUCCUGACAACAUUCACACUGUUCUGCACAACAAUCGUGCAUGGCCAAAGUGAAGCGUUAUUUUUGACUCCAUUGAUAGCAUCUGGGAAUAUUUCCCUUGCUAGGAAUUUAUCUCUGGUGCUGCCACUUCCAAAUUCGUCACCGGACAUUCCAAGCCGAUCCAGUUACUCAGGCCUUAUUACGGUGAACGAAACUAACAACUCCAAUCUGUUCUUUUGGUUCUUUCCUGCAACGGCGAAAUGCAGAGAAGACGAUAACGCACCCAUCGUUUUAUGGUUGGAUGGUGGACCGGGUGUGUCAAAUUUUUUGAGCAUUUUCACCCAAAAUGGACCUUUUUCGGUUAAAUCCAAUGUAGAUGGCAUUUUCAGUCUGGAGCCCCGACUGGAAGAUUGGACAGUUAAUCGAUCCAUCAUCUAUUUGGAAAGUCCUGUUGAUGUUGGAUUCAGCUUCUCUUCCAAUCCUGCCGGAUUACCAAAAACGAGUGAAGAGGCUGCAGAAGAUACCGUAGAGUUUCUGCGGCAAUUCUUUCUGCUAUUUCCUGAGUAUAUUACCAAUCCGUUCUACUUAGCUGGACAAUCUUAUGGAGGACAUUUUGCUCCAGCUGUAGGCACUGCGCUACACCAAAGAAACGAAUGUAAGCGGGAAACUCGUAUAAACUUCCAAGGAAUGUUACUGAUCGCGCCAUGGACAAAUCCAUUCGCUCAAGUAGACUCGUAUGCAGACUAUAUGUAUCAAACAGGACUUAUCGACGAGAUGGCAAGAGAUGAUUUCGUUGUAAACCAAGAAUUUAUUAAAAAGCUUAUAACCGAAAGGAAAUACGUUGAAGCAAAGGAUGUUUGGGCGGACAUGCUUCUAAAUCCUGACUCUACAUUUAAUGCAGCUAGUGGGUUUACAACUGCCUUCACCUUACUAGAAGAUGAAUUGGAUCUGAGCAGUUAUCUGUUCGCAAAUUACGUUGAAUUGCCUGAAUUUCGUCAGGCUAUACAUGUAGGAAAUCUUACGUACACAUUAGUGAGUGCAGCCAUACAAAAUUCAAUGACUGAAGAAUUUAUGGCUUCGAAGUCUGACCACAUUGAGCAAUUGCUUGAUGCUAAGAAAUAUAAAGUUGUCGUUGCUACCGGUCAGUUAGAUUUAACGGUUUUACACAACGGUGUCGAGAAAAUGUUAAAUCAUUUGGUUUGGAGCGGACAAAAUGAAUGGAAUCGGUCGCAUCGAACUAUAUGGAAAGGUGCAAACGGUCGAGUUAUUGGGUACAAGAAAGAGGUGACCAACUUGACGUUGUAUCUAAUACGAAACGCUGGACAUAUGUUAAUUGGAGAUCAGCCAGGGUGGAAUCUGGAAUUGAUUAAUAAAGAAUUGAUUUGCCUGUAGUCUUCAAAAUGAUGGACGGAAAAAAUGC